AAUGUUUUACUGACAAGUGGAUCAGUCGCCAACAUAGCCUCAAGCCAAAUCUAAUUGUAAGCUUCCUCCACCCACCUACUCCUAGAAGCCGCUAUCUUAUAGUUCGCCCUUAUUCUAUAAGGAAGCGCAAUGAAGGAUGAUGACGAUAAGGACCUGUCGCUUCACGAACUUAGCCUAGACUACGGAGCAUCUAUUAUCUCGCAGCUCGUCGAUAUAGGUAACGAGCGCAAUCAACAAAGACACGUCAAGUUCCGCCCCUUCAUCAGCCGCCUCCAGUGUCUCCGGCCGGAAGGCACGCAGUUACUCCGCACGUCUAUUAACGCCUUUAACGAGCCACACCACCGCCGUUGUAUUCAAAAGCGCGAUGCUCUACAAGCUAUGGACCUCGUCUACCAGCUCAGCAAGCAUCCUGUUGCGCUAUUAGCCCGCCCCGUGCAGAUGAAAUCCGAGCUGGAUCUUCUUGGACACAUCCUCUCGGGGAACCUCGUCGAAGGCAACCGUAACAUUCGACUUUCGCAAGCGACUACCGUUCAUAAGGCGAAGAAGGCCUUGUGGCUACUUCGCGAGAUCACCCGGGACAUUUGCAGGAUAGAACUGCCGCCGGAUGACGUCUGCCGGGUCAACGACGUGCUUCGAGCGGCUGGAAGGUAUACAGAGAUGCUGCCUAAGUCGAGCGCAAUGACACCAACAAUAGUCGCCGACAUUGAGGCGCGCGGGUUGUUAAAGCCGUGGGACCGGCUCGCUAUUCUCGCCAAUUGCUGUCAAUACCCAGUACGGUUAGAUUAUGAAGCUCUCAACAAGCAGCGUCGUAGCCUAAGUUUGUCGAUCCUGGCCAUGUGUUUACUCAAUGGCGAGAUUCUCGAUAAUAACGACUGCAACCAAGAGCUGGUGGCGCCGCUAACGACGGCGCGCCCGAGCGGAUGGCAUUUGACAAAGGGGCACUUGUGGAAGUUAAGCCGCGUCAUCGACACCUCGAAAUUUAAGAAGAAGCUACCCUGGAUCAACAUCCCAAGGGGUCGAUUAACACUCAACAAACGGAAGCAUCUACUACAGCUUGUUUUUCGCUUAAAUGAUCUAGGACACCGCCCUCUCGCUAACUGGAUCGACAAAUAUCUUGCCGACGACGCUAACUCCAACGCCCAAGAGGACUACAUCUCCUUUACUGAAAUGUAUCUCCACCGCAUGGCCGCUGAGUUAGCAGCAGCGAUUAAGGCGCGCCGAAAGCUACGGCUAGGCAGCAUAUGGGACCCGACGGGGCGGUCGGCGCCCUACGGCGCAGUCUUUGUGUGGGCUGAUAAAGACGAGGAUAAGGGUGAGGCGCAUCCGCCGCUGGCUUUUGUCUUCACCUCGGCAUGGUUUCGCGAUCCAGGCUCGAAGACUUAUGAAGCUAAUGACAUCCACCGACACGUCUCACUUGAGGUUAGCCUCGAGAAAUCCCCCGACAGUGCCGAUGUCCCGCACCUCCGCGUCGCAGGUGGUUGCUCGUGUUUCCCUGGCCGCGAGAGCUUUAGACAGUUAAGCCUUAGUAACAAACUGGGUGACAAGCUAAGUGAGGAAGAGUAA